UAUUUAUUACGACACGCUAAUGGCUGGAGUACUGCAUCAUAUGGUAGUACGGUGUUACUGGAAUAUAUAGAUCUUAGACGUGAUCCGAAUGAUGUAAAUAAGAGUGCAGUAAAAAAUCAAUUAACGAUUAUUGACGAUAAUGUAGUAGACAAUGAAUUAAUUCUAA